AAAACACAAAUAGAUCCAUAUCUGCUGACGCACUCGACUUCAAUUUCUGAGUAAAGCUCAAUUUCCUAGUGUAUUUAAUUGUUUAUAGACUUAAUUAUUUCAUUUUGAAUACUUUGGCUCAAAUGCUUUGGCUCAAACCCGAAUGACAGUCAUCUGAUAUCUCGCGAUACAUUCAUCUAAAACCACGAGACGUUGUUGCUACGCUGACACUUGCAAACUGGAAGUUGAACUCUCCUGAAGAACCAUGUCUCAGCUGAGCGGUAAAGUCCAGACAGUGCUGGGUCUGAUAGAGCCUGAUCAAGUGGGCCGCACCAUGACACACGAACACCUUACAAUGGCGUUUGAGUGCUGCCUUGUUCCCCCAGCACCGGGAGAUGAAGGUGUUGCUGCAGCUCCCAUUGAGAUGAAGAACCUUCACUGGCUACAGCAGAACCCAUACAGCCACCGAGAGAACCUGCUGUUGAGUCAGGAGACCGAUGCAGUAAAGGAGGAGUUGUUGUGUUAUCGUAAAGCAGGGGGAGGAACCAUCGUCGAGAAUACCACCACGGGCAUUUUUCGAAACCUACCCGUUCUGCACCAGUUAGCCAAGGACACUGGUGUGCAUGUUAUAGCUGGAGCUGGCUACUAUGUGGAUGCGACACACUCUGAUGAGAUGAGAAAGAUGACUGUUGAGAAGCUUACAGACAUCAUUGUCAGUGAGGUGCUUCAUGGAGCAGAUGGCACUGAUAUCCGCUGUGGCAUCAUUGGAGAGAUUGGUACUAGCUGGCCAAUCACAGAGUCAGAGAAGAAGGUCCUGCGAGCCAGUGCUCAUGCUCAGACUCAACUCGGCUGUCCGGUCAUCAUCCACCCUGGGAGGAACAAUGCUGCUCCUGCAGAGGUCAUCCGCAUUCUGCAAGAAGCUGGUGGAGACAUCUCCAAAACAGUCAUGGCUCACCUCGACAGGAGCAUAUUUGAUCACGGAGAGCUGCUGGAGUUUGCAAAGAUGGGGAGCUAUCUUGAGUAUGACCUCUUUGGGACAGAGAUGUUGAACUACACCUUUAAUCUUGACGUUGACAUGCCAAGUGACAGCCAGAGAGUUCAGAUCUUGGGUUUCCUGAUCAAGGAAGGUUAUGAAGACAGACUCCUCAUUGCCCAUGAUAUCCACACCAAGAACCGCCUGACCAAGUAUGGCGGUCAUGGCUUCUCCCACAUCCUGAAGAAUAUUGUCCCCAAAAUGCUGUCUCGCGGUAUCACUCAGAACCAGGUGGACAAAAUACUUAUAGAUAACCCUAAACAGUGGCUAACAUUUAAAUAAACAUUGCAUUAAAAGUUUUAUCAUGUACCUUCCUUAAAAAAAGUAUACCAAAGAUUAAUUUGUUUUUUGAUUUUUGCUUCUAAAAAUACCUAUCAUUGAUGCUAAAUACCUUACAUUGCUGAAUGCCAAUCUAUGCAAAAUAACAUGAAAUACUCAAUGAACAGAGGCAGGUUUUAUACUGAUAGUGCUAUUCUUUAUUGUUUUCUAACAAACUCUUGAGUUUGUAAAUCUCAAAGUUAUCUUACCACAAAAAAGUGGCUAAAAUAAAAGAUCACCAAGUCAACUGAAAGAUGAUUUUUACAUGUUAUGCAUGCAUUCUUCUUUUCUUUUCUAAUGAGCAAACAUGCAAUUAAAUAGAUUAGAAGUCAAAAAGCUCAGUUGAACAUUUAAUUGUGGUUCUGUUGAGCACAAAAGAAGAAAUUAUACUAUUGCAUACUAUAACUCCGGUGUUCCAAAAUGUUGCUUCUCAUAACUGUAAAUCAAACGUAAAAUAUCUUCUGAUUGGCUGUGAUUGUGUUGCAUCAAGCCUGGUUAGGACACAGUGUUACUGUCCAAGGUAUAAUUAAAAAUGCAGAAUAACAAUUAUUUAGUAACUGUACUACAUUACACGUGAUCACACAUUAUAAUAGUGUACCAACGUUAUUUUUUUGGUUCUCUCACAAACCAAAUAUUUUUUGUUUUGCCCUUUAUUUUCUUAUUUUGUGUAACUGCAACAGGUCUAUGUUGAUUAAUGUAAUGCCAUGCUGAAUGUGCAGUUGCCCCUUUAAAACAACAGUUUGUUAAUACUGAGAUGACUUAAUAGAAAAGUGUGCCUAAAAGUAACACUACUUGCCUUACACAAGCCUGAUGUUUCACAGCACAUCCAGUAAUUGGAAGACAUGCAUUCUGACAGGUCAUUCAAUAGGACAGAGAGAUGAGUAUUCUCGAGCAGAUGGCCGCUCACAGUGAGUCCUCUAGUAAAACAUUGACACUGAGAGUCACUCUUUGUCUUUAACAGCAAGUUAAUGCUGGGCUCUAUUUUCGUGCUCAAGACUACAACCUUGCGCAACGUCUUAUCCAAUUUUCGUGAGAGUGCUAAUGCUAAGCCAAAUAUUCGUGCCAGUGCAAGUGUGGGUGACUGUGGGUGUAUUGUAUGAAAAUGAAGUGACGCAAAGCGACAAUUUGCUAAUUUCCUACGAAUUUGGUCAUUGCGCUAAGACUUUUUAAUACCACCUCUUACUUGGCACUUAAUGCAGUCCAAAUUCAGUUUCUGCAUUUGCAGUUUGGAGAUUUCUCCAGCAGGUGGUAAUCAUUUAUUUGGAUCUGGUAUGAUUUUUUGACCACAUCGUUAUUUUGAUAAUGUUUUUGUUUAAUUUGAAUUUAGAAAUAUUUUGCCGAUACAAUCACAUUGUUCAUUCUAGCCAUGAUUUAUGUGUUAGUAGAUGAAAAUGAUUAUUAAUACUUAAAUUCUCUGUAAUUUAACGGAGCCUGCAUCCAUAUCUUGAACCACAUUUACCAUGCAUAUAAAAGGAACUUGUCCCAUUUAACAAGGACACACAAAAUAAUGUAAAUCAAUUUUUUAUUCUUCCAAUUCAUUGCACACAAUCAAUUUACACUACCAACUUCUUAUGAAUGUACUGUUUUUGUUUAGAUCGCUAUAGCUUGACAGGCAAUGGACUGUAUAAUGGAGACGGUGCCGGAGAUAAACCUCCAUUGACCUGAUUAGCUCAAUUUCACCAAACCCACUUGCACCUAGACUUUGCGCACGCUUUCACGAAAAUACCAAAACUUCAUGGCCAUACCCAUUGACUCUGUGCUGAUGAGUUAAGGCAUUGCACUUUGCGUUUGCACACUUAAAAUUGUGCCCCCUGUGUGAGUCAUACGUGUACGAUGAUGACAUUUCAAUACAUAAUAUCAAGUUUUUUCCCCAGAGACGAUACAUUUUUUGUUUUUAUUUUAUUAUUCAUUCUUUCUCAUUGAAAAACAGUUUCCAUCACAAACCCUUUUUUUAUGUGUGGAUAUAGGUAGGGAACACCAUAUAUGCAGUCAAUAUAUACAGUAUAAUAUACAGUAGAGCUGGUUUUUUCUGAUUUAAUGAUUAAUCGGUGCCAAUAGUUGCAUUUUGGAACUUCCGGUUAUCAGUAAAAAUGUACGCUGAUAAUUGCCAAAAUAUUUUUUUUAAUACAUUUUUAUUAUUAUUAAUAUUUUCCUUUUGUGUUCCUCUGUGGCCAAAAACCUUCAUCUGGUGAAUAUAUUGGCUACAAAAAUCUUAGUUUGGUGAAUAUUUUCUGAGUCAAGACUCAUUCACCAUCGCUACUGAAGGACUAAUUCAAUAUUAUUAAUGCAAAAUUGUAUUUAAAAAAAAAAAAAACAUAUGACAGUUGACAAGAGAUUACUGAUGCACUACUAUUGUUGAAUGAUAAUAUACUUUUAAUUGAUUACUGUUCAAACUAGGGGUCGACUGAGUUUGGCAAUACCAAUAACUAAGGUGGCCUGAUAAUUGAUUAAUCUGCUGCUAGUUUUUAAAAUCAAUUCAGAGAAUAUUACAACAUUUUCUUAGUUGGUACAGACAUAGAGGCCAGAGUUCAAAAUUAAUAAAAUCAGAUAAUUAGAAAAAGAAAGAUUGGGUGCAUAACUUUUAACACUAAACAAGCCUGAAUCACACCAGGGACUCUUAUUUUGAAUUCACAGAGAUUUGGCUCCAUUAAAAUGCUCUAUAUUUAAUAUUUAUUAAAUAAUUUUUUUUAUAGCCUGUAUAUUAUUAUUAUUAUUAUUCAUAAUAUAUGACGUUUGAGUCACGAUGAUGAGGAACUGACAUGGGGCGUUUCCAUAUAGUCAAAUUUCUCUGAGUACCCUCUCUUCAAUUUAAAAAACACAAUUAUCAAAGGUACACUAUCGGCGACUACCGUCAUACAUUUUUACAGAUAACAAUAUUAUCGGCACCGAUUAAUCUAUAAAACCGAUAUAUCGGUGUACCUUUUGUUCAUUAAAUAUUUAGUAGCCCAUAUGACAAUGUUUGCUUUAUAGUGAUUUUAUUGUAAUACAUUGUAGAUGAUAUUAAGAGUGCAUUUUCUCUUUCCCUUGUUUGUGUGUGUAAGCUGGAAGCACAGACAUUUCAAAAUAAGACUGCCCAUUGUAUUUCAGGCUUGUUUUUAAUUGAAUUGUGCACCAAAUCCAAUUUUUUUUCUGGUUGUUAUUAUUAUUAUUAUCUGGUUUGUUGCACAGCAAACACGCACAUGGGAUUUUACUUAUGUUGGACUCUUGCAGCCUCUAUGUCUGUGCCAGUCACAGUAAGGAAAGACUAAGAUUUUUUUUUUUAAAUAUUCAAUUUUUUUUUUUUUUAUUCUCAUCCGAUUAAUUGGUUAUUGGUUGGUCGGUUGACCUCUAGUAUGGUGCUUGUAAACUACUGUAAUAUCAAAAAUUAUAAAUGGAUAACAAUGCAUGAAGUUUUGUAAUAAAAUUAUGCCUUGUCCCUCUAGAAAUGUUGUUGUGGAUUGCUGUAAUUUCACCCUUUAAAUUCAGUAACUUUUGGUUUUAUUGCAAAUUUAUACAAAUGUGCAAAUCAUAGAAUACACAGUAUUUUAUUCAAUACAGUUUGCUUGAUGACACUGUAUAUACCUUCCAGUGAUGCAUUUUUUUAUUAAAACAUUCAUUAAAAUGUAUGGAAUUGUGGCUUGAAUGUGAUAUUUGUGAGAGAAGAAUAAGAAAUGACAAAAUUAACAUCUCAACUAUGUUUCCGGGCUAAUACCAGUUUCUCAGUUACAGCCUCUUCAGUUCAGCCAUGUGCCAGUGUAAUUUAGGCACAUAUGGAAUGGAGAUGAUGUCAAAUGAUUUUCUGCUUUCACUGCCAGUUAAAUUCUCAAUAAAUAUACUACUA